AUGUCCCGAGACGCUUUUUCUGGGGCUAAGGUGCCUGAAGUUUACGAUGACAGUGUGGCAACAACGUUAAAAGUGAUAAUGGACGUGCUAAAGGUAAAAUCAUAUUUUCCGAGAAAAUUGAAUUUCUACUUCAGUAAGGCCGGCCUUGUUCUACAUCAUAAUUAUCACGGCCUUUGAAACAACUAUAACCUUUUUAGUCAUUGUCUGUAAAUUAGCAGGUUUUAUUUUUAUGUUUGAAUAUUUCGUUGAGUGAUCGUGAAAGGAGACUGUGAUCAAGAUUUAAGUUUCGACCUCGAUCAAACGUUCGCGAACUUCUUCGCGUCGAUCUUGUGUACAUUCCAAUAUUGUUUACUCUGCUCCAAAACAUGCCAUUCGCACAAAUCGAAUUUUUCUAUGUUUGACCACCACGAAUUCUUUUUUUUUAAUGAAAGCUUAAAUAUGUCUAACUUAUAUCUUGGAGAAGACCCUGUUAUCGCUGUCUGCAAAAUCGUGAUCUGUGAUGUUACGGACACGGAAAUAAUAAUAGUCACGGGCGAAACUGCAUGGAGCGGAAUUGAAUUUAAAAUAUUCAAAGAGAUGGUUUGCGUUAUUACCUACCUUUACCGUUGUUUGCUGAACAACAGCUGUAUAUAUCCAAUUUUCGUAUUCGAUACUGUAUAUCAUACUACCUAAACGAAAGUCGCUUGGGUCAUAAUCCUAUUACCAUUGUGACUGAAUCUUUUCAGAAUUCAUUCGAUCUGUUGUUUAUGUAUGAAAUAUGCAAGCUUACAUUUGAUUUUAUAAAACAUAUAAACAUAUAAAACAUGUAAACGUUUUUUCUUUCGUUGAUCAAUAACCGUCUCUAUUUUGAACAGCUUCUUUUAUAAUAAUAGGUUUAUAUAUUAAAACGUGGACAGCGUUGGACAAAAAUGUUUCUUGUAAUGUUUGUAUUUUGUCAUUUUUUUAAAAGACAGUGGUGAUUAAUAAUUUUGCAGGCUUUCAGUAUUCUUCUUAUAAAGAAUACACAAGACCUGACAUUUCUUAAAUUAAAACUAGGUGACUUUGUUUUAUUAGUCUACAGUUUAAUGUUGUUAUAAGCUGUUGUCGGUUAACAUAUCUCAAGCUUUAAAUUCAUCAACAAUAUAUAUUGGUUGAAAUUUAUGGCACAUGAUACCUCGGUAUUAAUUACCGAAAUAAGAUAUUUACUUGAUAACGGGUGGAGGAGGGAUCACAAGCACAAGAUCAGGGGCAGGCCGUUUAAGCCAAAAUAAGAUACAGUGUCUCGAGUACUUUUGCAACUGGUUGUAGCUACAGGUUUCCCAAUGAACAACCUGUAAAACUGACUUUCUUGCACCCUGGAUUGGACCCAUGCAAAACCUCCAUUUCGGGGGACAGGGCUAUUGUUAGUCUGAACCUUAUCCCACAACCAGGGUUUGCAAAUUUUAUUGAUGAGUGGAGUCACUGUGACUUCUGCUUCUCAAAUUUUGGAGUCAUUUUGGAAUAUUUGGAGUCAAGUUUCACAACGAAAAAAGCCAUUUUCAGACUUUCCAGCACGUGGUCCUGGCAUGUAUACACUGUUGUGAGGGAUACAUGAAGUAGCUGUGGCGGACCACCUGGAAAGCUCAAAUCCAUGAUGGUGGUCAUCGAGUAAACUUUGAUCGUAAUUUACCCCCUUCCCGUUUUGUCGUGCAGUGUAAUUCUUUAAUUUUGAUGAUUUAAAUAAGGUUUAAAACGUUUAUCAUUAACGUAAAUUGUAUUUGUUGCGAAAAAGGUAAGGACAAAACUGUUUUUGUUACUGAAAAUUUCUGGAGUCGAAGUGACUCCCUCCGUAACCUCUGUGGAGUCAUCAGAAAAAUUUUGGCGUAAAAUACGCCAAAUUUGGCGUAUUUGCGAACCCUGCCCACAACCAAAAAAAUAGUGAGGCAAUUGAUUUUGUGCUUUUAGUAAAAAAAUCACCAUGGCCUUGAGAAAAUAAGAAAAUAGAAAUAAGUUAAAUGCCGGUAAUUUUUAAAAGUACAGAAUGACAAUAAAAUUUUUAGCAAUGCUGCCUUCAUCAGGAGAAAAAAAAUAAAUUAUGAUAUUGUGAUGUAUUUCAAUUACCAGUGUUCUCCUUAUCAGGCGGUAAUGGGUAAAAUUUACUAACUGAAGCAACACAUCUAACUGCCUGCAACCACUUGAAGUGUUGCUAAAAUUAAAUAAGUUGUUUCAAAACUUGAAUACGCAAAUUGUGAUCCAAGUCGAUCCUCACAAGAAAAGAAGUAAACGGGGAAUAAAAGUACAGUCCCAUUCAUAAAUGGGCCAAAAACAUUUGGCCGUAAUAAAAAGGUGACUGCAUUUAACCGAGAUGGCUGUAAGGCAGGGUUCCACUGUAUACACGGCUACUUUCUCUGACUAACAAUAUUUUUUCGUGGGCUUCUGUCCCAGUUCUAGACUUUCUUGACCAGCAGGAAAAGUUCACGACUUUCGUGACUUAAUUGUGUUACUAAAUUGACCGUAGUGGCAACGGCAGCCUUCAUUCGUAAUUUUUUUUAGUUUUGAGGGUGUUUAAAAUUGUUUUCAGUCAAUUUGUUGACAGGAUUUUUUGGCCUUACCGGUCAGGAAUGGUCCCUCACCGCUGCUGAGCUAAAAUUUGGGGAGAACACUGAAUUACUAUGCAAGCUAGAUCACUUCUGAUGAGUACAUGUUCUAAAUGAUUAAUGUGUGACACGCAUCUCAUUUAUUUUGCUAUUUCUAAUUUUAGUCCCAUGAAGGCUCAAUCAAAGAACUCCAUAAUGUGCUGAACUCACAUGGGAAUAUGAUGUCUGGAAAAGUACACAUUCCUCCGUUGUCAAAUGUGAGUACAUGCAUUACUAAACUGUGCUGCACAGAUUUGGGACCAUGGAAUAAUAUCAACAAUAUAUACAUUUAGCCAAGACUAAAAGUGAAGCUUCCAUUAAUAAAUUUAUAAUUUGCUUAAACAAUUAACUUGUCACCAUCUCAAAGAAAUCCACUUGGAGCUGAGCCUGCGAACAAUUGAAAACUACCAGUAACUAUGUCAGUGGAUGAAUUUAAAAAAAUAAUGGGGAGACACCUGAGCCGGUGACAUGGUCAUGUGAUACUGGUCAGUGGACAUCCUUUUUUGACAGCUGUCAAUUGAUCACAACAUGGAGGUGCAAUAUUAGGUUGCAGGCUCCCACACUAGCUAGAAAGGGUGAGAUUGGACAUUGGUGUCCCUGUGACAGGUGGAUGGACAGACACACAGUCACGUGACUGCCAAAAUUUCUCCGAGCUCUAGCUUGCACGCAUGGACAGGGCUGUCAACCCCCCCAUCUUCAAAUAUUGAGAAAUGACAGGAAGGGGAUAAUAGAUGACAUCAUAAUGCACGAAACAUGACUUCAUUUGUGCAAAAACAAUGUGAAAAAGAUGUUUUUAAAAUUGCAACAUUAAUUUUGUACCUGAUUGGUUUACUUCCCACCAUAGUUAAUUGAGUGGAAUGGUUGUGAAACCCGUCAGACUCCUUUGUUAUAUGUUUUUGUGGACCUGAAAGUGCACAACGUUCAAAAGAAUUCCUAUCAUUUUGAUUGUAUUGACCAAUAAAAAGGUUGCAUUAAUUUAUUCCGUAACAAUUUGCCAACAGAAAACAAAGGAUUGUGCACUUUCAGGGUGCUUCCAACAUAAACUGCAGCACUGUUGUUUUUAUCAUUGAUGUUUGCUGCUUUUCAUAACCAGUCUCCUCUAAUAACUAUGCUUCCCACCAAUCACAUUACUUCUUAUAUUACAAUGGCAUGCUGAAGUUUGUGAGGAAAUGUUCGAUGUUAAAAGUCGACAGAAAGUCAACUCUACAAGAAAUUGCAAACCUCAGCAAUUAUGCGGGAGAUUUCAGACUCUAAUCUGGAGACCGGGAGAAAUGGUUCAAAAUCAGGAGUCUCUCCUGGAUUAUCCGAGACCAGUGGUGGCUUCAUGAAAUGUUGGCUGUUUUCUCAGGCCAUCACUCUAAUUGACAACUAUUGAUUAUGAUUAAACAAUUAGAUUCAUACGGUGAAUGGAGAAGAGGAACCUGUCAAGGACAUAGAUGACAUUCCAGACAACCAAUCCGAGGUGUCCUCAAUUAUGUCCAGUCGCACCGAGUACCACGAGCUGCCGACAAGAUCUACUAUACUCAGCAGUACUGGCAUGUCUGGCAAAGAAGGAUUUCCUCUGUCUGAUCUAGGUCACUCUAAAACUCUGGGUAAGUAUGUACAUGUACAUGUGUGCAGCAGGACUGUCACUUAAACAAUUUUAAGUUGCUGGGUAUAUGCAAUUACACUGUUGGCGUAGCAAAUGAAACAGCUUAAGGAAGUAAAUUGUUUACUACUAUUUCCUUUUGCUUCCAAUGAAAGCGGCCAUGAGUCAUGCUUAAAGGGCCUGGUUCUUAACAACCCUGAUAUAUUGAGUUAUCUCUGUUAACUUGAAUUCACAAAGGAAACAAACGAACAAAAACAGUAAGGGUUAGCAGGGAUGUUGGGCAAAAUACUGCAGUUUUGCUGGAAGGGUGUGGCAAUUUACUUAGGGGCAGUGCAUCACUGCCAAUAAUAAUUAAUAUUUUUGCUCCUAAAUGUAAUUCCCACUUGUUAUUGAGAAUGUGAUGGCAAUUUCUGUUCUAGUCUCUAGUACAACUGGACUUACUCUUACAAGCACGCCAUUAAAGCUGCCUUCUUCUUCUCCUCAUCAACAAUUUCCUACGAGAACCUCAAACACCAGAACACCCAAACUGGAACAGCUGUCUGCAGUUUCAGCAGUGUUAGCUGACGACCAUACACAUGGUAACCUCUAAAAUAAAGUUAUUAAUUAUCAAUAUACCCCUCUCCACGUAGAAGGGUUAAUUGGAUUGAGCAACCAAACCAACUCCCGCCAACCCCCGCACCGUCCCACUUCCCACUAAUAUAUAGAUUUAGCCAGGGCUAAAAGCGAAGCUCUCGAUAAUAUUUAUAGUUUGUUCAAACAAAAUAUGAAAUCGUGUAAUGCUAAGCAGCGAAGGCAACGAGAACGGUGAAAACACAAAAAUGGGUCUAAUUAGUAAAAAAAAGCAACUUUACACGUGUAGCACACUUUUUUUGUACAUUUCUUUGCCGUUGUUUUGCACGACUACAACGUGAAACUUCCAGAAACUUCCUUGUUACACGUUUUAUGGAGGAAUUGAAUGUCGUACGUGUUCACUGUCGCUCUUUUCACCCUGGUUGACGCCAGCAUUUCUCGUUUUCUCACCGCCGCUUCAAAAUUUCACGUUGUUCCUCCAACAAAAAGAAAUGUCUCCUUUGUUUUUUCUCUCUCGCUCUAGCUCUUUUUCUCUGGCUUUGAGGUUGCUGGCCUCUUGCCCUACUUUCUCUUUUUCUUUGUCUUUAAUUCUCUUUCUAUAAUUAUUCCAAAUUGGUGGACAUGACAAAUAAUCAAAGCUUAAUACUUUAGACAACACGGAUACAGAAACAUUUUCCGCCCCCAUUUUCGUCUUUAUUGACUCUUUAAUUAUCUCUGCUUUACAAGACUCGGGUGGCCAUACGCUUUCCCGCCAAAAUAACCUGACAUUUGGCAUCGGCUUACAUGCAGUGGGUGUACGGACGGUCGGCCGUCGUACGCUACGUAAUAACCAAAUUUUCGUUUGGCUGCUUCGCGCGUGGGAGCUCCGCUAAAAUGUACAGCUCAGGAUCAUACUUUCGCUAAAAUAUUUGGCCUUUAGACCCUCCCCUCCCUCAGACUUUUCAUUGGCCCUCAAUCGUGUGGUUAUAGAUAUUGUCUAAAACCACACCUUAAACAUGUUCUUUUGGAACCAUGAAUACUUAAAUAGUGAUAUAUAUAACAAUUGUGCCAAAGAGAUAGCGCGUUAAAGAACCUUCUCGCCAAGCUUCAAACGUGAUUAAUUUGGAGAAGAUUUCCGGGCACGUUUUGACUGACAAUAUCACUUCUUAUCAUAAACCAGGUCAAGUUUUACCAACAUCUAGUCAGCCAUAUUCUCUCCAUACCCCGCCAUCAAUAAAGCCCGACAGGGUGGGCGGAAUGUAUAAAUACAGUCCAUCUCCCAGCACUGGGUAUUCUGGUAAGUAGUUGUUUUCUAUAGGAAACGUUUUAGGGAUCUUAAACAAAGAGGUUUUUGAGCGGCGUACGUCAACCGGAAGAGGCCUUCACCCCUUUAACUGGAUUGCAGAUGAUUUGCCCGAAACAUUAAAGGGUUAAAGUACUGCUCAAGAAUGCUUUAAGUCUACUGUAAUAACACAGCGGACUUUAGAUCAUUAAGUCAUAGUCUUUCUCUACCAAGGGGUAUAAAUAGACCUUUUACGUGACGUCAUUGCCACGUGACAGUUGUUUCGAUCGCCCAAAAAAUAAAACCAUAAUAAAGUUUAGUCUAAGUGUAAUCCAUAUGUCAUAAUCGUUUUACAAUACAGAUCGAUUUGUUUAAGUAUAAGAGAUUGAAAGAUGAAGGGUGUGCCUAUAAAAAUACUGGGUCGAGCCACCUGCAGCGAGCGAAGGUAUAGCUCCUCAAAGUUGCGUAAAUCUACAGACGUUUGUAUGGUGGAGGGGAGGGGGGGAUUUCAAACUAGGCAAUUUUUUUUUUAACCUUAAGGCGCUCUUUUCAGUGGUGUCGACGGAUUUUCCCCAACUUGCCUAUGUCAAAAGUUAAAAAAACAUAUAUUGAAAAGGUCUAUUAAAUAAAAGGCCAUCUGUUACAAACUUUCAAAAGGAGCGCAGGGUUAGGGGCUUUUUAGGUCUUUUUGCCUGUAUAAAAUUUAUCUCUUUCUCCUUUGUUCGAACUUCUCUUGCAGUUGGUGCACUGCAUACGAAGAUUCAGUUACUGGAAAGUCAAGGUAUGUUUUGUUCUACCACUUCAGUUAACCCUUUAAACCCUGCGAUCAAAAUUUCAAUUCUCUUUUGUUGCCUCUAUUCAAUUCCUACAGAAGUAGUGAGGGGAAUUGUAUAAAAUAUUAAGCAAAUUCAUCUUGUUUGAUCAUUCUGUUACACAAAGCAUUGAUAUUACAAGGAUAAAUUUGACGCUGAUCCCUGUCAGGGCUUAAUGAGUUAAAGUUUUAUAGUCUUGUAAGUUCAAUUUGCAUGGAGAAAGUAGACUCAGUCUGGUAAAGCUAAUGAAGCAAAAAGGACGCUAUUCUUGUUUUAGUCUUGGUUUAGUAAAUUGUGCAAAGCAGAGCGAAUCGACUGUGAAUUAAAAUUAUCCAUGAGUGUCUUUCACUUCAUUCAUUAGUCAUACCAACCAGUCAACGUUGUCAACCGGACUCGGCUACAGGUGUAUGUACAUCUAGAGGAAAUCUUAUCCUGGAAAUUUUAAGCCGUAACACAACGCGUUGAUGGUGAAAUCCGUUUUAAACUUUCCGGUUUGAAUUUUUUUGUUUUAGCCUGUUCCAAGCGUUGAGAUAGUGGAGUGUGACGUGUAAGUCACCCCACCCCCCUUCCCCCUCUCUGUUUUUCCUUGUCAAAUCUCUUUGCGUCGUCCCCACAAUUAGAUCGCCUGUUGUUGUUGUUUAUUUUUGCUAGGGACCCUUAACCUGAGUAUAACUCUUUGGGGAAUGUAGAACUAAAAGGGCCUUCGCUUGUUUAUCCCUUUCUCCAUCAAAACAACCUGGCCCCGGUUGUUCAAAAUCCACCGGAUAAAUCACAUAUCCAGGCUAAGAAACGACAGGCAUUAAUGACUUCAGAUAACUCUACGAUAUUUGAUGUAAAGUAACAUACCUCUCUCAGCUCUUUCCGCGGAGAUCUAGACACAUUGACUAUUAAGGAACCAAGCGCUAGAAAUAACCAAAGGUCACGGAGUGCGGGCGACAACGAUCGAAGGUCAAAACGCUUUUGCUCCAACGCUGUGCUUGACGUGAGAGAUGGUCAAAACACGCGUGAUCAGAUUACGAGGGACAGAAGGUCCUAAAGCGCGUGAUCAAAUUGCAUUCUGUGCAUUCCAUUCAUUCUUAGUGGAAGUCCAAACGAAUGCUGGCUACAUACAUGCGACGCGUGCGUAAUAACAACCUGUAGAUUAGGAUUGCGUGUUCCUCUUGUCGCCCCACAAUAACCAUAGGUCUAUGGUUUUUGCAAGUUUUCCCCGGUCAUUUUAUUACAGAUUGUUUAGUUCAGUGCAUUCAACCUUCAAGUAAUGCAAUGCAGUCGUCUAAUACUUUGAUUCUUGCUGAGUUUUUUCUUUUUUUUAAUCUUUUUAUUGUUUGUAUAAUUCAUCUAGUGUCAGAAUGGGGCGACAUCAUCGAUGAAAUGUCCGACCGGAUGGCAAAUCAACCUUCCCUAAUUAGGAAGUUUGCCAAAGAAAGGUAAUGCUGUUUGAAAUACAUACCAUUGAAUCAAUGAAGACUUCUAGCGCCAGGUGACUUACGCCAUACUCCUCUCACUUUAGUUCAUCAUAGAACUUGUAUGUUUCUGUAACGCAUCCAGAAAAAUGCAAAUUCUAAUAGAAUAGAUAAAUAAAUAGAUAAAUAAUGAUAGUAAUAAUCAUCAUCAUCAUAAUAAUAAUAAUAAUAAUCAUAAUCAUAAUCAUAUUCACACUAAUCAUAAUAAUAUUUUUCUGUGUGAAUCUUCAACUGCAAACUAUGUCUGACAAUUUAUCGCAUUUAUCCGCGUCAUUUUUUAACUCGUUUCAUUAUUAAUACAUGUAAUAAUGAUGAUGAUGAUAAUGUUGAUAAACGGAAUGGUUUGCUUAGUGCUCACGAAAUUGCAAUCAAAAGUAUAAACGAAGUAAGUAUGUAUUCUAGAGGUUACUCUUUUACCAAAUUAUUCCACAGCGUAAUGAUCGCAAAAUAUUAUGAAGAUACGCGUGCGAGUUAAAAAGCUGGUUUUCCUCAACUAUCAUUACAAAUACUUUUUAUGGACAGUCCUUCAUUAGCCGUUGUGAGAAAUUUUCUUUGAAGAGGCUUUCGUAAGCUUGCGGUCUGUAUACCCUGCUGCUUCCAGAGUCUUCUUCGAUCUCCCUAGUAUGAACGACGAUUGAACGAAGCUCUGCUCGCAAGGUGGAGUCUCUACUUUUUUUUGAAACAUUUUAACCUGUUAAAUGUGUUUGCGUUUGAUGUAUUGUAGCACCACAGAUAAAGUUAGCCAUCGACAGCAUACUGAAGAUUUAGAAGUACUUGAAAGAAAAUUGUCCAAGAAAAUUGAUGACAAGGUACUGUCUAAAACUGUCACUUUCUACUCACAGGAUGUUUUUGUUUGCGUGUGUGUUUGUUUCUUUUUCCUAGAGUAAUAAGGGAAUUCUUCUCCAUCCAUUUGAAUCCCGCGCCUACCCCGGCGCUUUCCAUGCCAAAUUUGGUAAUGCAUCCUUGAUUGAGUCUGACCACAAUUUAUUUUGUUCGACCAAAUUGGUGGCUUGGUCGGACAUACGUCCUUAAAGAAAUAAAAGGUAGGGAUACUUUCCGGUAAGUGCCAACGAGGCGAAUUCAUUUAUCUUUUGUGGAAUGUGCCUAUCAAGAUCUUCGCGAUUUGUUACAUAAUCUUGGAGAUUUACAAUAGAUUCGGCUAUAGAAAAUGAUGGCACUCAACUUCAGAAAAUCAAAGGGUGCCUAAGGCUAACUUGUGGAUUAUUAAUUACUGUAUUUUAGAAAUAAAAGCUGAUAAUGAAUCUGCAAUUAGUCUACCGGACCGGUAGAUUUUAAGUUUGUCAAAAGAUGAAAAAAAGUUUAACGAAAAAAAACAAAACGAACCAAAAGGAACAAAAAAAAGAAAAAAAAAAUACCAACGGCGAGAGUUGAACCCGACCACCGAUGUGUAAAGUCAACGCAUUGCGUCCCGGCGGCGAAUAUUGAAGACUUGUUUAAUUAAAUAUGUUUAACACUUUUGUCUAUGAAAUUCUGCCGGUCGAUGCUGUUUGAAGCCGGUAGAGUGUUAUUUAUGAAGAAUUGAAAGGUAUAUUCGAGGAAAACAAGUAUGUUUUUACAGUUAAAGCUGUACUUUAACUAAUUUCGUCGCCUUUGAGGAACAUAUGGCCUACAAGUAUCUCGCAAAACCGUCGCGAAGUCUCUGGCAGCUUGCAAUUCUCAGCGUUUAUGCAUGAGGAGAAUCACUUGCGAUUCAGCAGCGGUAAACAUUUCCGUUUUUAUUGAACAAAGAAACAUGUCACUGCAGAAUGAUAUUUCACUAAAAACCAUGAGAUUGGGAGUCUUGUCGUGAGAAAAGUUAAAACAUCGUGAGACUCACGGCAGCGGAAUCGUAAGCUUGGAACUGCUUCGCUUGGGAGUCGAAGAGCAAUUGCUGAUCUUUUCGUCCUGUUUAUCGCUGGACGAAUAAAAAAGCUUCAAAAGUUCAUAAACUUCUGUCUCAAAGUUGGCCAUAGUGCUAAUUUGAAACAUUCAAAGUCCACAAGGCAAUUGUCCUGUGACUCCUGUGAAAGGUACAAAAUCAGCACAUCGCGGAACGGGAACGAUCUACGACAGUUGUCGUUUUGAUAUCGGGCGCUUUCGUUUGGAGCCGACUGAUUUACGAAAGGUGUCUCCAUCUAAGUGAAAAAUUUGCAUAUGACAGUGCCCACAAUAACUUGUUCCUUACGCUACGCGUAAUCCACAAAUUAAAAAACUUGGUACAUCAUCUAUAGGCUUUCAAUUGUAUUAAAAAAAGACAACAUGGCUUGAAGCUUUGUUGGUAAAUUGGAGCAAGUUAGCACUUAUAUUUUAUUGAAAUUCAAAACCAUAAACGUUAGAAAGUAAAAUAUAGUUCAAGUGAGGGCUUGACUGCUAAAAUUUAAAAUUAAAAUUAAAUUCCGAGCUUUAGCCGAUCAACGGCAUCAACAGGGUUAAGAAAAAUAUUCCGCAUGGUAAUAUACAUAUGAAAAAAUUGGUGUAAGUAAAAUGUGUGAAAAGCGCACGAAUGGGGCGGAAUGUAUCAGAGGUAUAAAAAUAUAAACUUUAAUAAAAUUCAAAGAUCUAAUGAGCGAAUGGCACAGGACAAAGAGUACCUCGAAGGCAAAAUGAUUCAUAAUGAUGGUCGUUAAAACAAAAGGUCCGCAAAUUCGUUGGGAGUUUAGCUGUAUGGGAGUUUAGGGCCGUCUUCAAUGUUAGUCGAGCUGCAAAAGUGCAUGCUGGUUGACAAAAAUUUCUCCAAAGGCAAAAAAUAACUUCUUAAAAAACAAAAGGUCCUCAACUGCGUUGCAUUCCUCACGGGAGGUGAGGACCGGCUCAAUGCAAAUCGACCUGCGAAGAACACGCUGGUUCCGAUAAACGUUUUGAGAAUACAACCCUAUUCCUUCAUUACCUACUGCAUAAAAUUCAAUUUAGAAAUUAAAAAAUAACACUGAAAACCCGGGUUCUGAGUCUAGAAGCGAACACGCUACCUCCAUGUAAAUCGAGCUGCGAAGAAUAAGCUGGUUCUGACCGAAAUUGAAGCGUAGAACCCUAUUCAUUGAUCAGCUGCUUUUUUAAACGCAAUUUAUAAAGCAAACCAGAGCACUAAUAGCCCUCUAAAACUAGAAAUCGUAUUGAAGCAUGCUCACCUGUUAGGGCUUCUUGAACAGAAAAAGAACAGCUGCACACGGGAUCACCCAAUUUCGAACCACGAGUUGUAAAUACAAGAUCAUCGCGCCACUGCCCAAAUAUGGGGUCUUACUUACACCCAAAUAUGGUCAAAAAUGCAAAUUUUAGUGGGUUACGCAGAGUUUGAGAGUUUUUGCCCACAUUGGGCGGGGUUAUCAAUCUGCCGCCGAGUCAACCUCGCUUCUUAGCCCGGUUGCCUCGUUGGCGAUUAUUUGCAACUGUGCUUUAAUACUGGAAUGGAAUCGGAGAACCUUAUCUAUCAGGUGUUACUCAGCUUUCAUUAAUAUUGUAAAUGAUAGCAACACUGUGCUUAAUUUUCUCAUCUUGGGGUAACCUAAUUCGCUUUUUUUUAUAACUCUUUUCCAGUUUGCCAACCUUGAUCGUAAAAUCAUUGAACUUUACGACGAUUUGAUGAGCCAAGUCACCAACCUACCGGCUGCGAAAGGUAUCAGACUAUCAACGUAACAUGGAUGUACCUAGCAAUGAAUUUGUUGUGUCAGUAAUUAAAGUGCCCAUAACCUAAGUUUUUUUAUUUUCUUAUCUGAAACUACACCUUAUCAAAAUAACCUCUGCGAAAAAAUUUUGCGAUUUAAACCAAAGACGAUUUUUUUUACAUUUUUUUAAAAACGUUCAAAUUUGCCGCCAUUUUGGCACACCAUUCGUCUUAGUCUUCAUAUGACGUACUUUAAGGAACACGUGACCUUAUCGACAGGUAAACAUUAAGACUUCUGAUAGGUUUUUCUUUUUCAGAAAAACUUUCUUCUUACGAAGACAUUGUGAUUCAAUCUUUACUCGUAAUUUAUCUUUUUUGUGUACAGCUGGUGAAGGCAAGGUAAUGCGAGUUCCUUAAUUUACGUCACAUGACGUCAUAUGUGAGCCUGCUAGUUUGCAUGAUCAGCGGUGCGGGUGUACCGCAAAAAUGUAGACUUCAAAAAUUGGUAAAAAACUCGCGUUUUGUUCAAAGCGCAAAAUUUUUUCGCAGAAGUUAUUUUAAUAAGGUAUAGUUUCAGAUAAGAAAAUAUAAAAUUUUAGGUGAUGGGCACUUUAAGCUCAAGCUGGCUAAGAGCCAGUCCAGGUUUCCAGAUUCCACUAGCAAAAAUUUCGCCGAUUCCGGAAUCCAGAAGGAAAAAUUUCCACGAUUAAUUCCGGAUUCUCGCGGAUUAUCUUACAUGGGGUGACUUGUAGCUGCAUUAAAUACAUAACGCAAGAAUUUACACUUUAUAAAAAAAGAGGUUCUAUGACAAGUUCAACUUUCGUGUUUAUUUCUUUUGAUCGCUGUCGUUAUAGCUGCUGAAGAGAAGAAGACUCAAAAACAAGUUUCCUUAGGAAUACAUAAAUUCGACGUGGACUCGCUCAAAGAGAAGGUGAGGUGAAAUGGACUUUAUGAAAAAAAAAAAACACAAAAUAAUCUGAGUAAUCUGUCGUCUAAUUAGUUCUAAGGCAAGAAAAGAAAAGCACAAAUUUCUUGAUCUGUUGAAGCUUUUAACGUGAUUGGCUGUUUUUGUUAUUAUUUGUUCUUAGUUGGAUGAACAGGAUGAAAGGCUUAAAGCGAUGUCUAAAGGUGGGCUUUACAUGUAAAUUUUUUGAAAACUUUUUCUUUCCAUUUUUCAGUCAUUUAAUAUUAGUUUUUCUCCGAACAUAUUUUUAUAUGUGCCCUUGGAAUGUUAAAUAUGAUUCGACACAGCAAGUGUCACAAUUCGUUGCCCAUUAUAAGAUAUAUAUUUGAGUAGUGUUGCAGUUUUAACGAGUUAAACGUAGUGAUGACUUAAUUAUGACUUCGGUUAUGUCUACCGAACGCGAGUGAAGGGUACAUUACAUACAUGUAUAAAUAUUGUGCCGCUUAGCAUUGUCACACAAAUGAUGGAACGGAAAAAAUAACUCUGAAAAAUUCAAUCUACUUCAAAGUUUCACUCCAGAGUUAAUUUUCUUUUACCAUCAUUUCAUUUUGUAUCAGAAGGUCAGACACUGUUAGAGCGAUUUUCCUAUGACCUUGAAAAAUGAUUUCGGUAAGCGUUCGUUAUUUGUUUUAUCAGCCAGUGGAUGAAAAGAUCAAAACAUGGUCUCUCCGUUUUCCCGCUAAAGAAAACCCUUAUAUAGAGAAGGCAUUGUUCGAUUAGCCAAUCGUGUUGCAGUAUGACGUCAGAGCGAAGUAUCGGUUGAUUCCUAGAAAGUUCUCGGGCGUGAAGUAUUUUCACACGAGCGUCCGCUUAACCAAGCAAAAGUCACGCGCGUUUGUAUCCGUUCGUUAAACCAAUCAAAUCGCUCUGUUUCCGUUCGUUUGUUGUUUCUGUUUUGUUCGCGCGUUUCCAUUUCAAGGUCAUACGAAAAUUGCUCUAUCGCCCCAUGUAAGGUAAUCUAAAGGAAUCUUGGAUUCGGACUCCACGUUGUGGAUUCCAGAUUCCUUGAGAGUGGUACUUGGAAUCCAGAUUUUAAUUUCAGCGGGAUUUUGGAUUCCUUGUGCUGAAUUCCGGGUUCCAAAAACGCGGAUUCCGGAUUCUACAAGCAAAAAGUUCUGGAUUCCGCAGUUCUAUUCAGGACUUUUCGCUCACCUUGACCAUCAUAUUACACCUACUCAUGGCAUGGCUCCCGUCUUAAACCAUUGGCAAAAUGCCUUUUGAUUGUUUUUGUUAAUUAUAUUGUAUUUUUCUACUUUUCUUUUCUAAUCGAUCAUGAAGGAAUGUCAGCGCUAGACGACAAAAUGUCUCACCUUAAACAAGAUAUGACCUUAUAUAGACGCCAGCAUGACAACAAACGGGGUGAUGAUGAGGUAAAGCUAUGAAUAUUUGAACUUUAGAAGGAGGCUGUUAUCAAAUAACUCACUUAUUUAGCUGCGUUUGUUUUGUAGUUAGUGUCUUUAGUUGCUGAACAGUUAAUAUCUAAUGAAGAAAUUACUGGCUGGAAAGUGGCGCUCAAAGAAAUCCAUGCAGCUCUUAACAAACAAGUAAGGCUUACUUCUUUAACAGCCAUUGUAUACUAUCUCGCGACAUUAUCAAUUUAUGAUUUUUGUUACGUUUUGGAAAGAAUGACGCCAAGGUUAUGACUUCUUUUUCUUCUUCUGGAGAUGGUUCCCCAGAUGAGCACUCGUAUUGAUAAAGUACCGUAACGUUAGCUAUCAUGUUGUGAACUAAAAAGCCAAAGUAUUCUAUGGCUUUUUCGCUUAGUCUGCGAGAAACUUUUGUUGAGCACUAAUCGUUGUCGAAUAACUAUAAGUUGCGGAGAACAGGCCUUGGCAACAGCCGAUUGUCUAGUCAAUUUAGAGGACCUUAUACUUUCUUAAAAAAAGAAAAGGAACAGUGAUUUAACCACCCAUAUGAAGAAUCAGCAAAAGAAUCUAAAUGCCUCCUUAAAAUCUCUUUUAAUAGUCUGAAAUCAACACUUCUGUCCACCACUCGUACGCAACUUUAGACAAGCGCACUGAAGCUAUGAGCCAGAAGCUACAACUUCAUGGAAGGUACCUUGAUUGCUCUUUGAUAUUUUUUCUAAGUCUCUUUGGGAAAUACAUGCUACCAUGUUUUUUUUAUUACUGAACUAUAUCGAUCAGACGGAAUAUGUACUAAAAUUCAAAGUGGCCUUUAAGUCUUAGUUAUUGCGUCAUGUUUUUAGACCAUUUUCUUUUUAAACAUUUCGGAGCGGCGGUAUUUUGAGCUAAUGGCAUCACGCUCUAGUUAAAAAGCCCUCUGUAUCACCAGUCUCGCAGUUAUCUUUUUGUUUCAGGUGGAGAUGGACGGGUGUGUCUAAUCUGUAUCCCAAAGCUCAUUCCUGUGUAGCAGUAGAUCAAAUGACAGACGACAUUAGCUUUACUUCGCAAGUACACAAUACAGAGACACGGAGCCUGGUUUGGGAGAAAGGCAAACCUUAUGUUGUAGUUACUACUGGAGGAUGUUAUUGGUGAGGAAUAUUUUGUUGUCAAGCCCAAACUCACCCAGGGGAGGGGUGGGUAUGCAUUUGCCUGGUCUCGCUUGUAACAGGAUGGGACAGGGAACGGGUAACAGGUUGUCAAGUCGAUUCACCGCUUCAAAUGAAGGGAAAAUAAUCCUUUUAGGAUACAUCGUUUCUUUUUUUCACGAAAAAUUCUAAUGAUCCGGAUUAUUAGUCUGAACUUGGAUUUUGGUAAAGAAACGCACCCUAACUUUUCCUGUCAUUUCCAGGGUAGCAAUUGGUGCAUUUUCCAAGAAAACCAGUACACCACCAUCCCUGCAAGUAACAAUAGAUGAAGAACCUGUACCUCUGGUAUGACGAUUGCGUUGUUGUGAUCAGUUUAAAUUAUAUUCUUCCUUUUUGAGAUGCUAAGGCUUGGAAACCUCUCUUUAGUUAAAAAUACCUCCUCUCCAACCUACUUAUUCAAUUGUACCUCUCAACAGUGACACUUGGAACGGCCAUUUCGCACUACAAAUAGUACACCAUUAUCACUGUCAGAACAACCACUUACUGCCUUUGCGAAACUGAGUUAUGGGAAGCGAGAUUUUGCGAAUUAUUUUUCUUUUAUUGAUUGUUAGUAGUCUCUCUUGCAAUUUUGAUCGCUGUGCCGUUUGUUUUCAGUCGUUCAUGAACAUGGCUUUUGCAAGAGCACUCAAAAUGCCGCGCGUAUCAAACGCUUUUUAAGAUUACACAUCGUUAUAAAACCAUUAAAUAAAAAAUAAACAUGAUAAAUUCUAUAUUAUUUUGAAGCGUAACUCUAUUAGUGGUCACAGCCCGCACUGCAAAUUUGGCGCUUGUCAAGAGUGAGAACCGGCUGGCCGUGUAGGUGAUUUUGGAAAUUUUUUUUAACGGUUUCGCUAAAAUCCCACGCGUACUGCGAUCGUCCUGAAUAUUGAAUAAGUACAAUUUGUAUUGCACAAUUGUGAAAUACUGCAUUCUUUCCGAGGUCUGUAUGAAAAAAAAACAAAAAACAAAAAACAAAACAAAACAAAAAACAGCGUUUCAGUUGUAAUGUAUAGAAAGUAUAAAAGGUUGGUUUACACGCCCCCGGAUUUGUUGGCAAGAUUUUGUCAAGUAAACUUGUCGAACGCAAAAAUUUUGGCCUGCUUUGUUUUCCAAGAAUUUGUUCUCCAGGCCUAAUCUACUGUGAUCAAGAGCCUUUAUGGCUCUUAAAUGUGAUCGAAGAUGAUUGCUAUUUUUUGGGUGUACAUAUAAGGCUAUCAACUCGAUGUAAGAUUUGGUUCACUCUUGGACUGUUUGCAAAUUACUUUCUCUAAAAUCACUUGACCUUUCCCUCAAAAGUCACAUGAAUGUGCUCUAAAGUUGACUGAUUUGUGGAUUACAAGUUUAUUGUUUGAUUUAAAUCUUAUAAAUUUGUUAAUGGGAGUUUCGCUUUUAGCCCUGGCUAAAUCUAUAUAAUUUUUCUUUCCAUUUUUCAGUCAUUUAAUAUUAGUUUUUCUCCGAACAUAUUUUUAUAUGUGCCCUUGGAAUGUUAAAUAUGAUUCGACACAGCAAGUGUCACAAUUCGUUGCCCAUUAUAAGAUAUAUAUUUGAGUAGUGUUGCAGUUUUAACGAGUUAAACGUAGUGAUGACUUAAUUAUGACUUCGGUUAUGUCUACCGAACGCGAGUGAAGGGUACAUUACAUACAUGUAUAAAUAUUGUGCCGCUUAGCAUUGUCACACAAAUGAUGGAACGGAAAAAAUAACUCUGAAAAAUUCAAUCUACUUCAAAGUUUCACUCCAGAGUUAAUUUUCUUUUACCAUCAUUUCAUUUUGUAUCAGAAGGUCAGACACUGUUAGAGCGAUUUUCCUAUGACCUUGAAAAAUGAUUUCGGUAAGCGUUCGUUAUUUGUUUUAUCAGCCAGUGGAUGAAAAGAUCAAAACAUGGUCUCUCCGUUUUCCCGCUAAAGAAAACCCUUAUAUAGAGAAGGCAUUGUUCGAUUAGCCAAUCGUGUUGCAGUAUGACGUCAGAGCGAAGUAUCGGUUGAUUCCUAGAAAGUUCUCGGGCGUGAAGUAUUUUCACACGAGCGUCCGCUUAACCAAGCAAAAGUCACGCGCGUUUGUAUCCGUUCGUUAAACCAAUCAAAUCGCUCUGUUUCCGUUCGUUUGUUGUUUCUGUUUUGUUCGCGCGUUUCCAUUUCAAGGUCAUACGAAAAUUGCUCUAUCGCCCCAUGUAAGGUAAUCUAAAGGAAUCUUGGAUUCGGACUCCACGCUGUGGAUUCCAGAUUCCUUGAGAGUGGAACUUGGAAUCCAGAUUUUAAUUUUAGCGGGAUUCCGGAUUCCUGGAGCUGAAUUCCGGGUUCCAAAAACCUUGAUUCCGGAUUCCACAAGCAAAAAAGUUCUGGAUUCCGCAGUUCUACUCAGGACUUUCCGCUCACCUGGACCAUCAUUUUACACCUACUCAUGGCAUUGCUCUCGGGCUUAAACCAUUUGCAAAAUGCCUUUUGAUUGUUUUUGUUAAUUAUAUUGUAUUUUUCUACUUUUCUUUUCUAAUCGAUCAUGAAGGAAUGUCAGCGCUAGACGACAAAAUGUCUCACCUUAAACAAGAUAUGACCUUAUAUAGACGCCAGCAUGACAACAAACGGGGUGAUGAUGAGGUAAAGCUAUGAAUAUUUGAACUUUAGAAGGAGGCUGUUAUCAAAUAACUCACUUAUUUAGCUGCGUUUGUUUUGUAGUUAGUGUCUUUAGUUGCUGAACAGUUAAUAUCUAAUGAAGAAAUUACUGGCUGGAAAGUGGCGCUCAAAGAAAUCCAUGCAGCUCUUAACAAACAAGUAAGGCUUACUUCUUUAACAGCCAUUGUAUACUAUCUCGCGACAUUAUCAAUUUAUGAUUUUUGUUACGUUUUGGAAAGAAUGACGCCAAGGUUAUGACUUCUUUUUCUUCUUCUGGAGAUGGUUCCCCAGAUGAGCACUCGUAUUGAUAAAGUACCGUAACGUUAGCUAUCAUGUUGUGAACUAAAAAGCCAAAGUAUUCUAUGGCUUUUUCGCUUAGUCUGCGAGAAACUUUUGUUGAGCACUAAUCGUUGUCGAAUAACUAUAAGUUGCGGAGAACAGGCCUUGGCAACAGCCGAUUGUCUAGUCAAUUUAGAGGACCUUAUACUUUCUUAAAAAAAGAAAAGGAACAGUGAUUUAACCACCCAUAUGAAGAAUCAGCAAAAGAAUCUAAAUGCCUCCUUAAAAUCUCUUUUAAUAGUCUGAAAUCAACACUUCUGUCCACCACUCGUACGCAACUUUAGACAAGCGCACUGAAGCUAUGAGCCAGAAGCUACAACUUCAUGGAAGGUACCUUGAUUGCUCUUUGAUAUUUUUUCUAAGUCUCUUUGGGAAAUACAUGCUACCAUGUUUUUUUUAUUACUGAACUAUAUCGAUCAGACGGAAUAUGUACUAAAAUUCAAAGUGGCCUUUAAGUCUUAGUUAUUGCGUCAUGUUUUUAGACCAUUUUCUUUUUAAACAUUUCGGAGCGGCGGUAUUUUGAGCUAAUGGCAUCACGCUCUAGUUAAAAAGCCCUCUGUAUCACCAGUCUCGCAGUUAUCUUUUUGUUUCAGGUGGAGAUGGACGGGUGUGUCUAAUCUGUAUCCCAAAGCUCAUUCCUGUGUAGCAGUAGAUCAAAUGACAGACGACAUUAGCUUUACUUCGCAAGUACACAAUACAGAGACACGGAGCCUGGUUUGGGAGAAAGGCAAACCUUAUGUUGUAGUUACUACUGGAGGAUGUUAUUGGUGAGGAAUAUUUUGUUGUCAAGCCCAAACUCACCCAGGGGAGGGGUGGGUAUGCAUUUGCCUGGUCUCGCUUGUAACAGGAUGGGACAGGGAACGGGUAACAGGUUGUCAAGUCGAUUCACCGCUUCAAAUGAAGGGAAAAUAAUCCUUUUAGGAUACAUCGUUUCUUUUUUUCACGAAAAAUUCUAAUGAUCCGGAUUAUUAGUCUGAACUUGGAUUUUGGUAAAGAAACGCACCCUAACUUUUCCUGUCAUUUCCAGGGUAGCAAUUGGUGCAUUUUCCAAGAAAACCAGUACACCACCAUCCCUGCAAGUAACAAUAGAUGAAGAACCUGUACCUCUGGUAUGACGAUUGCGUUGUUGUGAUCAGUUUAAAUUAUAUUCUUCCUUUUUGAGAUGCUAAGGCUUGGAAACCUCUCUUUAGUUAAAAAUACCUCCUCUCCAACCUACUUAUUCAAUUGUACCUCUCAACAGUGACACUUGGAACGGCCAUUUCGCACUACAAAUAGUACACCAUUAUCACUGUCAGAACAACCACUUACUGCCUUUGCGAAACUGAGUUAUGGGAAGCGAGAUUUUGCGAAUUAUUUUUCUUUUAUUGAUUGUUAGUAGUCUCUCUUGCAAUUUUGAUCGCUGUGCCGUUUGUUUUCAGUCGUUCAUGAACAUGGCUUUUGCAAGAGCACUCAAAAUGCCGCGCGUAUCAAACGCUUUUUAAGAUUACACAUCGUUAUAAAACCAUUAAAUAAAAAAUAAACAUGAUAAAUUCUAUAUUAUUUUGAAGCGUAACUCUAUUAGUGGUCACAGCCCGCACUGCAAAUUUGGCGCUUGUCAAGAGUGAGAACCGGCUGGCCGUGUAGGUGAUUUUGGAAAUUUUUUUUAACGGUUUCGCUAAAAUCCCACGCGUACUGCGAUCGUCCUGAAUAUUGAAUAAGUACAAUUUGUAUUGCACAAUUGUGAAAUACUGCAUUCUUUCCGAGGUCUGUAUGAAAAAAAAACAAAAAACAAAAAACAAAACAAAACAAAAAACAGCGUUUCAGUUGUAAUGUAUAGAAAGUAUAAAAGGUUGGUUUACACGCCCCCGGAUUUGUUGGCAAGAUUUUGUCAAGUAAACUUGUCGAACGCAAAAAUUUUGGCCUGCUUUGUUUUCCAAGAAUUUGUUCUCCAGGCCUAAUCUACUGUGAUCAAGAGCCUUUAUGGCUCUUAAAUGUGAUCGAAGAUGAUUGCUAUUUUUUGGGUGUACAUAUAAGGCUAUCAACUCGAUGUAAGAUUUGGUUCACUCUUGGACUGUUUGCAAAUUACUUUCUCUAAAAUCACUUGACCUUUCCCUCAAAAGUCACAUGAAUGUGCUCUAAAGUUGACUGAUUUGUGGAUUACAAGUUUAUUGUUUGAUUUAAAUCUUAUAAAUUUGUUAAUGGGAGUUUCGCUUUUAGCCCUGGCUAAAUCUAUAUAUUAUUUGUUGCUUAAUGAUUAACAGAACCCAGCCCAACCUCCAUUCAGAGGACACGUCUAUUCCGGAAACACUUACCUUGGUUCCGAGGUUAUCUCCUGAAUAGAGGUUCCACUGUAUUUCUUUUUUUGCUUCCUGCUUGCAGUACAACAGCUCUGGAAAGUCGCCUAGUCAUCACAGAAUCAGCGUUAUUUCAUCCGCUCCUAAGUACCAACCUCCUGCGGGCAGAAUAAAGGGGGACGGAAGCAGUCCGUGGAGACCUGGUGAGGAAUAUUCUUACCCAUAAAAUUUAAUGCGCAUAUGUUGAAACCACUAAACAGGUGACAUGAACAGUGGCGUUGUAUCUCUAUGAUAGAGGUGUGUGUUUUUCUUAUGUUGCUGUUGUUGUUGUCGUCGUCGUUCACAUAAGACGGGGACGACUACGAGAACCAGGUCACUUUGGCUGGGAAACGCUUCUUUCGCCAGAGGAGCAAAAUCUCAUGGGGUUAAAGAUAGUAAUGUGCAGAGAGUGCCAGAACUGCUUGACUUCCCUGUUAUCUGAAACCUGGCACAGGUGAAAUUGACCAGACCUCUCUACCAAUCAGCAUGGGAUAAAUCUUUCAAAUAUUAAAUAUAACCUAGGGUAUCUAAAAGAUAGUAAUGCUGCGGCACAUUCUGUUGAUACUGACAUUAGUUAGGCAAUGAGACUUAAAAGAAUCGAAAAUGACAUUGAAUGUCCUAUUUACAUGUUGGAAAGUAAUAAUUACUAUCAGUCUAUAGAAAGAACUCGUGGGAACGUUGUUUAGAAAAUUAUCAAAUGGUUAUCAACUCUGGUUUUCCCACAGUAAAUUGUAGGAAAUGAUAGAAAUUCAGAUUGUUUAUCCAUAUAUUUAAUAUACGGUGUACUAUCUUUUUCCUGGAAACACGAGACAUUUCGUGCUGUUUAUUGCACUUUAUUAAAUGGCAGAUAUUAAGGUAUAUAUUUAUAGAAAACAACAACACAAAAAAACGAAAAAAAAACAAACAAACAAACAAAGAAGGAAAAAAAAGAUAAGGUACUGAGUAGGACUCAAACUCGGCACCUUCGGCUCGACGCGACUACACCUUACCACUACACCACAGAGGCUGGUUACGUAACCUUGGGGAAAGGUCUUUAGUUUAAUGCCUUUUCCAUGAAACUUCCUUCGGCAAACGCCGUUUAAAGAUGAUCGAGCUGCAUUAACCGAGCUAUUAACAGUAAAAAAGCAAUGUAAACGCAUAUUCCAUGGCAAUGAAUGAAUGGAGGGAACAUAAUUGUGCUUUACAAAACGCCGAUACACGUCCUCGUCUGUAAUGUAGGACGCAAAAUAUAAUGUUUUGUCAUCUCGAUUUCCGCUGUUAUUUUGAAGCUAAUGGUCAAAAUCACAUCCAUUUUCGGCACAUACAGGUUCUUAAGAAUAGCAUGGCAUGACAUUUUCUCACUUUCACAUCACCUUCUAGCAAGCUGGAAUUUGUAUAUCCCCCGUGUGGCAAAGUCGAAGUGCAAAUGCUCAUCUUUUCGUCAAGUUUAACGCCUGGACGAGUCAAAGGCUCUUGAAUUGAAAUCAAACCCCCAAGUUAACCAUCGUACUCAUCUGAAAGACUCCUGACACUCUUAAAUUUGGUAAGACCUCUAACGGUGCUGUAGAAAAUUUGCCACAAAGAAAACUCUGAGUCUGAGCAGCGAACGAUGCACGCUCUCACCCACCGAACUUCCUCUUGUUUUUAUUUGAGUUGUGCGUCCGCAAUGCAUUUUGGUAAAAAAUGGCGCAGUGCACUCUGGUUAAAUGCAAUGCAUUCUGGUAAAAAGUGAUGAAUUCGAGAAUUCGUCCCACCUUAUAUAUUUCUCUCAAAUCCUGAUUAUGUUGCUAAUCGCUCGCUUCGCUCGCUCCGCGGUAAUAAAAAGAUGUUCAGUGUGUUUAAAAAGUGACCUGGAAUUUCCAAACUCGUCUUAAAAUCUAUUUUGCUAACUGUUAACCUGGUUUAUUGCAGGUUCAAGUUUAAUAGGUACAGUUAUAAUUCCUGCACACAGCCGAGUAAGCGUUAGCCCCACAAGCACAGCUCCAGGAACUCGGAUGAGCGUGGAAGGAUACCUAGAGCUUUUAAAGAUGUACUGACUCAUCUAAAAAUCGUGCCAUUUGGCGUUGUCUUUGGAGUGAGGGCUUAUACGCAUCAAGCUCAAAGGAACUUGCCUAAAGAGGAAUUGGAGAGUUGCUUGGUGUAUUAAAUAGGAUGAUAAUCCCUGAAAUGCACCAAAAAAAAUAGUAAAGUCAUAUUUAACAAUUAUUCUUCGAGCCCGAAUGGGCUCUGAGUCAAUAGCCCAUGAGGCCGAAGGCCAUGAGGGCCAUGAGGGCGAGAGGAAUAAUUGUUUUAGUAAAAUCCAACUAGUUGGUCAAAAAUAUCGAGACAAAACAACUUUAGCUAGCAAAACGCGAUUCAGCCGCCAUUGUUUUGGUUUUCAAAGCCGGCGCUUUUCGCUACUAGUGGGCUAUAACAUAUAGCCUAGUAAGUAGCUCAACCAAUCAAAACGCAACAUUGAUAAUAGACCACUUAUUGGAUUUUACUAAAAACAGAGAGAGAGAGAGAGCGUAAGCGACUAGGAUGGCGACGGAGGAGAAAACGUCGCUGUGAAUCGUGGAUUUUCAGUUGAGGUAGUAGGUCAAAACUAAAAAUAAAACUGCAUUGUUACUCACUGGCAGC